AUGGAGAGGACUGGUGAACUUGAAGAAUACAAUUCUAUAUAUACAAUUAUAAAUAUUGAAAUUGAUGCUAACCUUGUUCAAAUUAACCAUUUGGAGAAUACCAUGUUGGGUAAUUCUACUGCCAUUCAACGUCCAAAAGAUCAAGCUUCCACUAAUGGAGCUCAAAGAAGCGUUAGAAGAAAGAAAUCCGCUCCGGCGAUGGAGCGCAAUUCAAGCCAUCCUCCACCCAACGCAUCAAAUUUGGAUUCGGAUCAUUUAACGCUCUGGCAGCAUCCAAUUACAACGUUACAUUAUUUCUUUAGCGAAGUGUUCAUAAAUGUGCUUAGUUUAGCGAAGAAAACGUUGCUCUACAAACGGACUGUGUGCGCUAUGAUUUCGAUUAUAAUAUUAUUUCUUCUGUCAGGCAGAAUCUCUGGUCCCCAACAAGAGAUUUUUAAAUUGUGGGAGGCCAAAAUUAUAUGGUGGUUAUAUUGGGUAGGAUUAGGUGUAUUAUCAAGUGUAGGCCUUGGAACAGGUUUGCAUACCUUUGUAUUAUACUUAGGGCCACACAUAGCGGCCGUUACUAUGGCAGCGUAUGAAUGUGGUGCUCUGAACUUUCCCGAACCACCGUACCCCGACCAAAUAAUAUGCCCGACGAAGAUCGAUCCAAUGUGGACGGUGGGCAUAUUAAAUAUUAUGAAAAAAGUGCGCGUAGAGGCCAUGCUGUGGGGAGCUGGUACCGCGCUUGGCGAAUUACCGCCGUAUUUCAUGGCCCGAGCGGCAAGAAUAAGUGGAAAACAUAAUAAGAAUGAUAAUUUCGAUCAAGAGGAUCUGAAAGAGUUGGAAGCCUUGGAGGCGUUAGAAAAUGGGGAAAACGUAUCGUUUGUAAUGCGUAUAAAAUUAAGUAUGAAGCGAUUCGUCGAGAAAGCCGGAUUCUGGGGUAUAUUGGCUUGCGCAUCGAUUCCAAAUCCAUUGUUUGACCUGGCUGGUUUGACAUGUGGACAUUAUCUCAUUCCAUUCUGGACGUUCUUCGGUGCAACUCUUGUAGGAAAGGCUGUUGUUAAAAUGCACAUACAGCAAUUAGCAGUGAUCAUAGCGUUCAAUGAAGAACUUUUAGAUAAAUUUAUUAGCUUGUUGGCAAUCGUACCGUUUGUUGGUACAAAAUUCCAAGAACCAUUAAAGAAAUAUUUCGUUGCACAGAAGCAGAAGCUGCACGAUAAAUCCUCUAUGGAUGGAGCAACUACAAUAUCAUGGCUGUUCGACAAAUUUGUAACGUUGAUGGUUUGUUAUUUCCUAGUGACAAUUGUUCACGCAUUAGCACGAAAUCAUCAUCGUAGACGAACUAAGCCGUCGGUCGAUUGAAACUUAUAAAAGACGUAGGAUAGUUAGAAAUAUGAAAUUAGUUCCACUGCAACGUAUUUAUACGGAGAAAUAUAAUUUAUUUUCAAUGAGACAAAAAAAAUAAGAUGCAAGGAACGUGUUAAAGUUUCACAUAAUUUCAGUGUUACGAUAGAAACAUUUUGUACACGACGGUGCAACAUUAAGUAACUUUGUCCUCUUUUUCUUUUUCCGAAUGUACGUUCAUACGUUGUUGCAAUACUUUGUAAAAGUCUGUUGCAAGGAUAUCCUGUUAUAUAGAUGUCAACAUGUGCGUGUGCGCGCGCGCGUGUAUGAGUGUAUGUGCGUGCGUGUGUGUGUAUGUACAUAGAUACUCACAUCUUUUAUAAGCAAGAUUUAUUGUACAGUGCAUGAAACAAAUAUCUAACGAUAAUCCGCAAUUUUUCUGCACAAUCAAUCGAUAUUCAAGCUUCUGCGUAUUACAUCGAUAGCAAGGAUUGAAUUAAGGCAUUUGCAAGUGAUGAAAAAAAAGAAAAAUGCUGUAAUCAAUAAAACUAGUAUCUAGCCAAAUUUCUAUAAGUUUUGUAUACGCAAUUUUAAGCACACACAGGAGUGACGGUCUCAAAUUAUCAACCCAUUAAUCUUUCGUAUUAAUGAAAAAUAUGUAAUAAACGACUGGAACACGAAA